AUGAUAGGGUCGUUGACAGCAGAAGAGCAUGAUUCAGCGCUGUUAGCUUUGGUACAGCUAGCCCAGUCAGAAUGCUUUCCGCUUGACUUGGCAGACAUCGCAGCUAAGAACGAGGUGAGACCAACUUCAAAGUUGCACAAUCUACACCCCAUGAUGAUCGAUGGGAUACUUUACGUUGGCGGCCGGCUGGGAAACGCUCCGGUUUCACCAGGCCGUAGACAUCCAAUGAUUCUGGACAGUCGCCAUCCGCUUACAAAACUGAUUCUGUUGGAUUAUCAUCAUCGGCUACUACAUGGAGGACCACAGCUGAUGAUAGCUUGCGUUCGAGAGAAGUUGUGGCCAUUAAGUGUCCGGAACCUUGCAAGGAAGGUCAUGCACGAGUGCGUGAAAUGUUUUCGAGCAAAUCCACGAAGUCAUGAGCAAUUGAUGGGAGAUCUACCACUGGAGCGAGUAUCGCCAGCCCCUGCCUUUCAGCGUGUGGGCAUCGAUUAUUGUGGCCCUUUCGAGUUGCAAACAGCCACCCGGAAAGGAGCACCGGUGAAGUGUUAUCUUUGCCUGUUUGUGUGCUUGGUCUGCAAAGCAGUUCAUGUAGAAGUUGUGAUGGAUCUCACAAGCGAAGCUUUUCUUGCCGCUCUAAGGCGAUUUGUCGCAAGGCGUGGACGGCCUGAGAUGAUUCUGUGCGACAACGCCUCCAACUUUGUCGGAGCCCGACGAGAGUUGAACGAGCUGCAUAGACUAUUUCAACAACAACAAUUCCAGGAACGAGUGUCAAUGGGUGCAAUGCGAGACUUGAUAGAGUUCAAGUUUAUCCCAGCGAGAUCCCCGAACUUUGGCGGCCUAUGA